AGACACAUUUAGAUUUUCCUGACGGAUAAAUGCACAUUUGUUUGGUCUAACUAAAGAAGCACUCCGCCAUCCAAUGGGAUUAGUGAUUGGAUCAGAGGGCUUUGGGAUUGGUUGAAAUACCAAAACACAACUCCAAGGCUGUACCUCCCACAUGAGGUGACUAAAGGCUUACUGUGAGCCUGAUUAGUUAUAUAGCUCCUACUGUAGGUACAAGAUGUUGUUAGAAAGGAGAAUCCAAACAAAUGCAUGGACAUAGACUUACUUCUGUACGGGUUCCAGAGAAGAUGGUGGCCGCUGUGCUCACCUCAAGCAAACAUGUUCAACCUCAUGACCAACUGCUGCGCCUGGUUCUCCAAAAUACAGGAGCCAAUCAGGAAAGUUACCAUUUUGGUGGUUGGUGUUGACAAGGCAGGAAAAACAUCCUCCAUUAAAGGAAUGUUAAAAGUGCCCCAUACUGUAGAAACAGGACCCACUCAUGGCUGUGUGAAAAAUGAGCUGAGAGUGGAGAACUACAUGGUCACCUUGCUGGAUGUGGGGGGGUCGGCCGAGUCCAGAGGAGCCUGGAUGGAGCUCAGUGGAGAGGCCCAUGGGAUCAUCUUCGUGGUGGACUCCUGUGACAGGCAGAGGAUAAAGGAGGUCAAGGAGGUUCUGGCAGAGCUGCUGAAGCAACCCAGAGUGGCAGGAAAACCUGUAUUAGUGUUGGCUAACAAACAGGACAAAAUGAAUGCUUUACUGGGAAGUGAGCUGAUUGAGAGUCUCUCAUUGGAGAAAUUGGUCAACCAGAGCCGUUCUCUGUGCCAUAUUGAGCCUUGUUCAGCCUUAACUGAUCUGCGACGCUGGUCGGAGGGAAAGACUCUACGAGGCCUUCGCUGGUUGCUGCGGGCCAUAGCUCUGGAUUACCCUGAGCUGCGCAGUCGUGUAGCACAGGACAGCAAGAGACCUCUGGAACCAGGAGAGAGGCAAAAGACCUGGAAAACAGAGAAAGUUCGCAAAAAAACUAAGGGGGAACGGAUGCGUUCCAGUAAGUCAGAUCUUCGCCAGGUUCAUCGGCCAAAAGAAAAGGCUAAAAAGACAAAGGGUGAAGGAAAGCUUCAACCCAUACGAGACAUGCUGCAAAAGGAGAACACUCUGAAAAAAAAGCUGAGGAAAAAGAGGAAGAAGAAGCCGGUUAAGGUCAAGGAAGGUGAAAAAGAUCAAGCCAAAGCAAAUGAACAGGAGGAAGAAGAGGGUGACGGUAAUGGAGAACAUGAAAACUCUGGUCACAGAGAGAAAGCAAGCAGUGCCCUUAUUCCCCCGAAGAAAACCAAACCGAAACGCAAAACAAAGGUGAAAGAAGAUGCUCUGGACGUGCCAGAAUCAAACAACAAUGAAGAGAAGCCACUCAAAGCUAAGGGGGAAAAAAGGAGAAAGAAGAAAGUUGUCAAAGUGAAAAGGAAGAACAAGAUCAACACAGAGGAGAUGUCGGGAACUUACUCUCAACCUGUGGACCUGUCUGCAACAUUUGAUCUGUACCGAAAAGCAAUAAUGGCUCUGAAGGAACGUCAGGAUCAGGGACAGAGAGCGUGAAUCUUGCUUGAGUCCUGAGACCUGAAUGUGAGGAUGUUGUCCACGGCGUUGGACACAGGCACACUACAUACUACACUAAUUCAAAGAUGAAGAAGUUAUUUCUUUAACACUUUUGAUAUAAGUGACCUGAUCCCUGAACCUUGAGAAUGAAACUGCAAAUUCAAAUGUGUUGUGAAGGGUGGGUCUGCAUAACUAUGUCAUGAUAGAAACAUCAAUAAUAAUAAAUAAAAUAAAAUGAAAAAAAUGUAAGAUAAAAACUGAAAUAACAAUGUAUAAAUGUUUUCAAUUUAAAAAUGAAAUUGAGUACCUGGCCAAAAUGUUAAUGGAGGUUUUGUUUGUAUACAUUUAUAAAUGUUCAUUGUUAGUGGAAUAUAUUUUUUAUGGGUUUUGAACACUUUCUAGAAAUGAUUGGGCAGUG